AUGGCGCCGCCCGCUAUCAUUGCCCCCUCUAUCCUCAGCGCCAACUUCGCCGACCUAGGCCAUGAUUGCUCUAAAAAGAUGGAACAAGGCGCCGACUGGCUCCACGUCGACAUCAUGGACGGUCACUUCGUUCCAAACAUGACAAUCGGAUGUCCUGUUGUCUCUCAAAUCCGCGGUUGCGUCGACCGUCCCCUUGAACCCUGUGCCCGCGGCACUUUCGACUGCCACAUGAUGAUCAUGGAGCCCCAUAAAUGGGUAAAGGAAUUCCAGAAAGCAGGAUGUGAUCUGUACUGCUUUCACUAUGAAGCAGCCGUCUCCUCUGUCGCCGCGACCGAUCCUACCGAUAAAGAAACCACUAAGCGAACCUCACCGCGCGAAUUGAUUAAGUAUAUUCACGAGGAGGGUAUGCAGGCUGGUAUUGCUAUUAAGCCUGAUACCCCUGUUGAUGUGCUCUGGGAUAUUCUCGAUAGUCCUGAUCUUGCGGAACGACCUGAGAUGGUCCUCGUAAUGACCGUUCAUCCCGGUUUCGGCGGUCAGAAAUUCAUGGCUUCCGAACUUCCUAAAGUCGCCGCUCUGCGCGCUCGCUAUCCCGACUUGAAUAUCGAGGUUGAUGGAGGUCUGGGACUCGGUACGAUUGAACAGGCGGCGGAUGCGGGCGCAAAUGUUAUUGUGGCGGGGUCUGCGAUUUUCGGCGCGGCGGAUCCGGCGGAUGUUAUUGCGAAGUUGAGGGAAGCUGUGCAGAAGAGGAGAGGACUUGAGGCUUCGUCUUGA